UUUUUUAAAUAAACCCAUUUAUAUGCAGCUACUUGAGGUUUCUGGAAGCUCAAGCCUCCAUGGCUAUCCAUUCUGUGCGAUUCCCGCUCUGUGCCCCUUUUCCCAUCCAAACCAUAACUUCAACUGUCUCAACCGUCAGAUUCUCAAUCUCACUCAACCACACUCGACUUUUUUCUCGUUCUGCUUCCGCUUACGCUUCAUCUCCAGAGUCCACUUCUCAUACCUUGACUCCAGACCGCGCCGCUGGAAAAUGGGAGCCUUUCCGAAAAAAGAAAGUCGUUUUGCGUCUCGGUUACGUCGGCUCCGACUACAGAGGCCUGCAAAUGCAAAGAGAUGAACAUUCAUUAUCAACUAUUGAAGGGGAACUGGAAAGUGCUAUUUAUAAGGCCGGUGGAAUUCGUAAUAGUAACUAUGGAAAUUUGAACAAAAUUGCUUGGGCUAGAAGUAGUCGAACUGAUAAAGGAGUUCAUUCCUUGGCCACCAUGAUAUCCAUGAAAAUGGAAAUUCCUGAAGAUGCAUGGAGGGAUGAUCCUUGCGGCAUUGACCUUGCUCAACGUGUUAACACUCAUCUUCCUGAAAAUAUCAAAGUUUUUAGCAUUUUACCUUCUCAAGGGAGUUUUGAUCCUAGAAGGGAGUGUAAUCUUCGGAAAUACUCUUACCUCCUUCCUGCUGAAAUCAUUGGAAUCAGAAGUCAGCUUACUGCAGCUGAAAUUGAUUAUCAUGUAUCAGAAUUCAAUGACAUAUUAAAUGCCUUUGAGGGGGAGCAUCCUUUCCAUAACUACACAGUGCGAUCCAAGUACAGGAGACAGCCCCCUAAGAAUGGCCGUGUUUCAAAAAGAGCAAGAUCAGGUAGAGAGGUAUCAUUGUCUGAACCCGAGGGGAGUGAUGAAGAAGAAGACGUGGAGAUUGAUAGAGCAAAUUCUUCAGAUUAUGUUGAGACAAAUCAAAGCUCUUUGGAGUCUUUUGUGAAUCAUGAACCCCUAGAUGACUGCUGUAAUAAGCAUGAAACUAAUAUGAAGAAUCAAAGUGAAGAUUCAGUUGUCCGUGCAAAAUGGCUGUAUGAGCCUGAUGAGACAGACAGGAUAGGUGCUUCCCACUUCAGAAAAAUUUUUUGCUGUUCUUGUGGGAAGCUGGAGAAAUCACUUGGGUUUGAUUAUGUUGAAAUUUCCAUAUGGGGCGAGUCUUUCAUGUUGCAUCAGAUUCGCAAAAUGGUUGGAACUGCUGUGGCAGUAAAGCGCAAUCUACUACCACGAGAUAUCCUCACUUUGUCGCUGGCAAAGUUCUCUCGAAUCAUCCUACCUUUGGCUCCAUCAGAAGUAUUAAUUCUGAGGGGAAAUAGUUUUUCAUUGAGAAAAAGGCCUGGGGUUGUUAACAGACCUGAAAUGUUGAGAAUGGUUGAGUCAAAAGAAAUUCUCGAGACAGUUGGUGAAUUCUAUUCAUCGAUCAUGCUGCCUCAAGUUUCGAAAUUGUUGGAUUCUUCAAAAUCUCCUUGGAAGGAAUGGGUUGUGAAAUUGGAUGAGCACACAAGCAUUUCAGACGAGCAGUUGGAUGAAGUGAGGAGAGCAUGGAAGUUGUGGAAAGAGAAGUUUCAGUCUAGUAGAACUGGUGUUGCAUUGCAUGAAUCAUAAAUCAGUGGCUCUUUAUUAUUAUUAUUAUUAUUAUUAUUAUUUUGAAUUAUUGAAUUUUUAAUGGUAUCUUUUACAUUUUUAUUAUGUUCUUUGAUAAAUUUUAAAAUAUUCAUUCCGCUAGUUAAAUUGUACCGAUAAAGUUGUCUCUCAUUCCCAAAACUGUAAGAAGGAUAUUAUUUAAUCAAUAAUAUAAUUUAUAUA